AGAGAGGAGGAGAAGGAAGAGAAUAAAGGAGAGGAGGAAAAGGAAAAAAAGAAAACGAGGAGAAGGAAAAGGAGAAGGGAAAGGAGGAGAAGGAAAAGGAGAAGGGAAAGGAGGAGAAGGAAAAGGAGGAGAAGGGAAAGGAGGAAAAGCCAGAUAACCAAAGGGAAAAGGAAAACGGGAAAGAGAAAUGGGAAAAGGAGGUAUUAAAACCCGAGAAGGAAAAAGAAAAGUGGGAAAAUGAUAAAGAAGGAGGGAAAUGGGAGAAGAUAGAUGAUAAUAAGAUUGUAAAUUGGGUGGAAAAUGAGAAAGAGGAGAAUGCAGUCGGGGACGGGUGUGAAAAGGGUGAGAGCGAGAAUGAGAAGGAGGAGGACAAGAAGGAGGAAAAGGAAGGCGGGAAGCUGGGUGGCGCCGUGCAGACCAUCGUGGAGAGGCUGCGGGCGUGCGGCGUGGACCACGGCCGUGCUGGCGGCGACCCCGACUGGCCCGUCAUUCACGACCACUUCUGGACCUCGCAAGACUUGCGUCAGUUUCUGGUUAGCAAGGCUCAGCAGGAGUUGGGGGGCCCUACAGUGACAGUAAUGACAGCAUUGAGAUGAAACCUUUUAUUACCAAUAAACAUCCUGUUGUCGCCAGCCCGCCUCCGGUGGUCACUCCGCCCAUUCCCACGUCCCCGGGCAGCCGCCCUCGAUGGCGGCCCCUGGGGCGGGGCAGGGCGGCGGCCGUCGUGCGGAACUGGCGGCACCCGCGCUCCUCGGUACAGCUGGAGCACAUGGUGCGGCGCGAUAUGUCACCGCCGCCGCCCCGCCCGAGGCUUUGGUCGCUGCCCUCCAUCAUCAUCACCACCACUGACGAUGUCACUAAGUCACCUUCGCCUCCCGACAACAGCGGCAGCCUCAGCGACAGUAUGAAUUACCUCACCGUGCCAAGCGGGCCGCCACGCCCGCGCCGCUCUGACGACACGCAAAGCAUCCAGAGUGAACCCAUCCGCAGCAUCAAUAGGAACUCCACCUCCUCCGAGGACACCAUCAGCGGGGACUCCAAGCUGGGCUCCAUCAUGGAGCUGUGGACGGAGCGGUGGCAGGAGGAGGACACUGCCCGGGGCAUCUCCUCCCCGCCCCCUGACACACGUCCCCAGGCAGACACGCAAUACCUCCAGUAUGAAGAGUCCUUUAUGUAUGGCCGCUACUCCGCGAAUUUAGCGGAGUACGCGAGACAAGAGGCCAAGAGACUACGCGAGGACGAUCACCACAAGGACGAAGUACUCUUCUCGAAGGAACUGCAGCCUUACAGAGGACGAGUAGCGAGGGCCUGUAUCUCUUUUAUUAGACCAAUAUGGGACCACACAUUCGCGAGACUGGGAGAGGACUGGGUCUUUCUCUUCAUACUGGGAACACUCAUGGCUACGAUAUCCUUCCUCAUAGAUUACAUCGUGAUCAUCUGCUUCGGAGGGCGCAUGUUCCUACAAAGAUAUUUCGAAGACUUCCACUGGGGGUUUCAGCUCUUCUUCUGGGUCGCCAUACCCACUCUACUAGUGAUAUUCUCAGCGGCUUUCUGCCAGUGGGUGGCUCCCUCCGCAGCGGGCUCCGGCAUCCCUGAAAUGAAGACCAUCCUCAGAGGAGUGGUGCUGAAGGAAUACCUAACUUGGAAGACUUUAUUAGCGAAGAUGGUGAGUUUGUCAGCGGUGUUAGGCUCCGGGCUGCCGCUGGGUAAGGAAGGCCCCGUGAUGCACAUGGCAAGUAUCGUGGCCACCAUGCUGACCAAGACACUGCGGUACAUCAAGGGCACCAUAGAGAAUGAUGCACGUUCCACUGACCUGCUAGCUGCUGCGUGUACCAUGGGCGUGGCUGUGUCCUACGCCGCCCCCAUUGGAGGUGUUCUGUUUAGCAUUGAGGUAACCACGGUGUACUUUGCUGUCCGGAAUUACUGGAGAGGUUUCUUCGCCGCCGUGGUGGGGGCGAUGUUCUACCGCCUCAUGUCAGUCUGGUUCAUGGGAGCCCAGACCAUCUACCCGCUGUAUAAAGUGGACCUUAACAACGACUACCCCUAUGACGUCAUUGAGUUGCUGCCCUUCCUCUGUAUCGGGAUCGUAUGUGGGUUUGCUGGGUCGCUGUUUGUGUACCUCCACCGCCGCUAUGUGAUGUUCAUGAGACACAACAAGACACUCAAGACAUUCCUGCAGAAGAAGCGUCUCCUCUACCCGACCUUUGUCACUAUAGCCAUCUCCAUCAUGACUUUCCCACUGUGUCUUGGACAGUUCAUGGCUUCCACUCUGCCCUCCAGCAAGCAGAUUCUUCACCUGUUUAGUAAUGUGACAUGGACUGUGACUUCACCUGAUGACAUCAUGAGCGAAGAGCAGCAGGAUAUUCUCAGUCAUUGGGUACCCAGCCCUAAUGGAAACUUCCACAUUAGCCUCUUUGUCUUCCAACUGGUGUCGGUGUUCCAGAUAGCUGUGGCCUCCACCCUGCCAGUGCCCUCGGGUAUUCUUAUCCCACUGUUCAAGGUCGGCGCAGCAUUUGGCCGCCAGAUCGGGGAGCUCAUGGCAUCCCUCUACCCUCUCGGCAUUGUUACAGGAUACCCCAUUGUGCCUGGAGCAUAUGCCAUGGUGGGUGCAGCCUCCUUCUGUGCUGCCAUCACACACACCAUCUCCAUCUCUGUCAUCGUCUUUGAGCUGACUGGCCAGAUCACCUACGUCAUCCCCAUCAUGAUUGGAGUGCUCAUAUCAAACUGCAUCUCAUCGCUGCUGCAACCCUCCAUCUACGACAGCAUGAUCCGCAUCAAGAAGCUGCCAUACCUGCCUGACAUUGUUGCCACCACCUCAAGUGACGUGUACAACAUCUACGUGGAGGACAUCAUGGUGCGGGACGUGAGGUACAUCUGGUAUGGCAUCACCUACAACGAGCUCAAGAGAGUACUGAAGGAGAACCGCAAACUCAAGUACCUCCCGGUGGUGGACAAGCCAGAGUCCAUGAUCCUGCUCGGCUCCAUCCAGCGCAUUGAGUUGGUGCGCAUCCUGGUGGAGCAGAUUUCCCCUGAGAAGCGGAGGAAGGAAGCCACACGCAGACAUCUGGAGGCUCUCAGACUGAGGUGGGAGGAGGAGGAUGCUGCAGGAGGCACCAAGCAGAGUCGCAUUCGCUAUGAGGAUGAAGUCAAUGAUGAUGAUGAUGACGAUGACCAGUCCACCACCCCGAGCCUCAUCCACCGAUUCUCUCGCUCUCUCAGCCGGUCCUUCUCUCGCUCAAGGUCUCGGUCUCGGUCAGCCUCCAGGAGCCGCCAGAGUACCCCAUCCAGUGACAGCGAAGACUCAUCCACCUCCCCCCCCGGCUCCCCCACCUCCACACGAUCUAAGCAGGAUUCAGACACAGCCACACCGCCAGGCUCUCCAGCACACCCUCACCUCAAGGAUGUCUUCCCAUCCAAGUCUCCCCCCUCCCGCAGAAACUCUCGCUUCUCCAUCAGUAAGGUGGAGAAUGGCAUUGCCCGCCAGGGAAGCUCUGAGAGUGAGGCAGAGGGCCGGACCAGCGACGACAAUCAGAAGAAGAGUGGCAGGACAUGGAAGACACCAAUUUCCUCAAAGCCAAAAUCAAAGAGCAAAUCCAAGGACAAGGGCAAAGACAAGGAUAAGGACAAGGACAAGGACAAGUCCAAGGAUGGCUCAAUGAAGGACCCCAUCAAGGAAUUGCUGCGGAGAAGCACCAUCAAGAGAUCCAACUCCCUUGACUCCCUGACGCUGCAGCCCCGGGAUGAUACUGAUAGCAAAAAGACCUCAGACCUCAUGUCCCCCAAGAAGGGCAUCUUGAAACGGCGCAAUUCCUUCAGCCUGGGCUCCACCUCCACCCCGAAUGUGCCUCCUGACACCCACUACCAGACCAUCACCGUGGCCGACACAAGGCUCCGCUCAGCAUUUGAGAAGAUGAGGCGAAUGAGGAUGGAGACAGCAAGCUCAAUGGAACUCAAGCUUUCACAAAUCUCUCUCUUCAAGUCCAAGAAGAAGGAACAAACCAAUAAAAAGCCACAGCUUGACAUGACAGAUGAGGAGAGAAGCAUAUGGGAGAAAAUGGAGCUUUCCAAAGAGGUGGACUUCACAAAGGUGCGCAUUGACCCUGCACCCUUCCAGCUGGUGGAGAGAACAUCCCUCCUCCGUGUCCACUCCAUGUUCUCCAUGCUGGGUAUCAACCAUGCCUACGUGACAGCCAUUGGUCGCCUCAUUGGGGUGUUGGCGCUGAAGGAGGUACGAAUGGCCAUUGAUGGGCAGUAUGUGGGCCAGGGGCAGUCCACCACCCCCCAGGUAAGCUCCCCUAAUACUCCCACAUCCCCCAUGCGUGCUCCCCUGGGCCCCAGCACCUCCCCCCAGAGACUCACCUCCAUCACUCCCCUGCAGUUCUCUGACCCUGAGGCUGGCACGGUAUCUCACAGAGGGUCUAGAACUCAGCUCGUCUAUCAAAAUGGAAACUCCCAAAGGUGAAAAGAGUAAGGACUUCUAGUUCACAAAGAAGUGUCUCAAACACUAGUUAAGUGAAGCAGCCUCUGUGAUAUGUGAUUUUACUUAUAGAAAAGACACUGGUUGUUGUAUGGUGACUAGAGGCAAGACAGUGAGGUAUUAGUCCACCCCACAAAGCAUUACCAAAGGGGACAUUACUUUAUUAGCUGGUAAAGGAAGUGAAGGUAGUGGCUUGUGACAGGAAUGAGGAAAGUGAAAGAUGAGCAGCAACUUGAUAUUCAAAAGAAUGGUUUUCAUUCCUCUCAGCACAACACUACUGAAAAGGAUACAAAUGUUUUUCUAAAGGAAUAUUUCAAAUGAUUCCUUUUUACACUAAUAAGAUUACUACAGUCACUUGAUAUUCUCCUGUCGUACACAUUCAUGUCUGGCUCCUUGCAUGUCGAAAGUGAGAUUCAUUGUCUUGUGUAAAUAUUAAAUGAAACACAAUUUAUAUAAAUGUUGACCUGUGAUAAAUCGAGAUUGCCAUGUUAACAUCAGUGUUGUGUUGAACUUCUUGUGUGAUUUUAUUUAGUUGCAGUAAAAUUAUAUAUACAUGUAUAUGUAUAUUAGGAAGAAAUUAUAUUAUUCAAUUGAGUUAAAUUACAGAAAUAGACUGAUAUGCCGUAACUUUGAUUUGAUAUGAAUAUUUCAGUUCUCGGUGAAAUGAGUUGAUCCUCCACUCAGCACAGACUUUGUAUGCAUGAGAAAUUUUAUUUGGAAGCCAAACAAAGUGGGAGGGAAUGAGCUGAGUCACACCUCACCAGUUGAACCUUGGUGAGAGCUGGCUCAGGGGUGUACACACACACACACACACACACACACACACACAAAGGAAAACUCAUGUUUCAUUCCUUAAUGGAAUUUAAUAUAGAGUUUCCCUGAACAGUUUUCUUGAUAAUCUAAAUCAAACAGUUCCCUGUGGCUGGCAUGCCUAAAUAACACACAGGAAAGUGACUCUUGAAAUUAUUACAUUUUAAGAGUCUUGUACUAGUUGAGAAAGACCUUUAUAAUUGUAGAAAAUUUCCAUUUUCUCAUGAUGUCACAAAUGCAUUUAGAAACAUAAACACUGUUCUCAUAAUAAUUAGGAGUGCAUUAUUGACACGUGUCAGUGGAGUCAUGCUGCUCGGCUGGCCAGGUGUCAGCCAUCUGUGAUAACCCCACAGCAUUACACUUGCAAUAUUACCAUAAAGGGACUUCAGUAGCAGGUUGUCAGUAUAGUAUUUUUUCCUGCAGCAGUAUUGCUUCUAUAGGUCUAUAUGAAGAGUUCAUUGUGAGAGCAGCCCUCUCCCCAGGCUGGGGGGAGGGACCAAGUUGUGAGUGAGUGUAACAGAGAACUGUGCUGUAUAUUUCAUACUUUUUUACUUACUAGUGUGUUUUACUGCAUCACAUAUAUGGUGGAGCUGCUGGUUGUAUUGAAAGGCAUUCCUCUUGCCUUUGGAAACUGUUAUCCUGUAUAAUGUAUAGUAUGCAUUCAAAUCAGAUACAUAAAUUGUCACAUAGGUAUAAUUUUUUACAUUGUUGACUUAUCAGAAACAAGGUGAUAGUAUCAUUUAGUUCAAUGAGACCCUCAUCAGUUUUACAUUAUGUCUCACUGUUUGCAGUGUUUACAGGGUGCAACAAAAUCUGUAGCCUUAAAUCAGGGAAUGCUGGAAAUUUUGAGGAGAGCAAGACUGUCAUAUUUAUUGCAGUGGUAUAUUGUUGUUGCCUUAUUAAUGCAGAGGAAAGAUCUGUUCAAUUUUGCUCACUCAAAUUCAAUUGUAUGCAUUCACAGAUAGUUGAAACUAUGACUUUUCUAUGUAUAUCUCAUUUUCUUUUGUUUUCAAGGUUGUACGUAUGUAUACGCAGUCAAGCUUUUAAUCACCUAACAUUUUAACAUAUAUCUUUUGAUAGUUGAUAUUUAAUCCCUAUUUUAUCAUUUCAUAGAUGGUUGGAGCUGCAUUAACACCAUUAAAAUGUCAUAACUUUAAAGUUAAAUGUUUCAGGAUUUGUUUAAGGGAAGUUGACUAGAUGUGUACUGCACAUUAUAUGUGCAUAGGAGACCUGACAACACCCCACUCCUCAGUGACUCUCUUUGAGGGGGUGAUGUGACAGAAGGUGUUCAUCACCUCCAUUGUGAAGCCACCUGUCUCAAGUUCUCUAAUAUUUCAUGUGCAUUCAUCUAACUGUGCUUGCUGCCUACUUAGUUGUAUUUGGUACACAUACUCAUCACAAUAGAUGCACACACACUUUAUACCAUGUAUGUAUGACUGACAUUAACACAGUACAAUGUGUCUACAGGCAUGUCAUCACAUCAAUAUUAUUUCCUAUAUACAUCUCAUCAACAUUGUUUCCUCAUACAUACCUGUACUGUACAUUCCAUCUACUCUGAUGCAUAAAAUUUCACAUUCCUGCCUUUCAUGCAGCAGUAAUUAGAUGCUAGUUAGUGUUCUGUCUACCUGUCUUGAGUUCAUUCCCUCAGUAAUGAAGCACACCAGUGGCAGCCAAGUCAUGAGCAUUUUUUCUCUCUCAAGACUCAAGACUGAUAAUUAAAGAACUGUCUUGAGAGGGAAAGAAAAGUCCCUUGCUUGUCUUCCACUGGUUUGGUUCAUCACACUUUGGUCUAGCCUUCCACAGAGACAACUUUGCCUUACAUCACUCACACAAAUCAGGCACACUCUAUGCAUUGUGAUAUAUUGCUCCAGCUCCGCCCCUGCCUGUCCCGUUACAGGCAACAGCAGGGGCGGUCCGUCCUGUGACGAGGGCGACUCUCUGACACGUGACUUUUUUGUAGUUAGGGUAAUUAGCCCUCACACUACCCAGGAAAUAUUUAUAAAUGGUGUUACAGAUUGCAAGGAGAAUGAGAGUGCAUGGAAAGACACAAGGAUGUUAUUUACUCCAGGUAUUUAUUUUGUAUUAGUGGUGAGGGGAGGUGGCGUGCUGCGGCUGGGCUGGAGGUCCUGUGUACGUACUGUAUGCCUUGGAUAGAAUUUCAUCUUUGUUAUUAAAUGUCUUUUAUAUAA